AUGGCGCCUCUCCGACUACGCAUCGAUGGCCGCACGUUCCGUGAUGCCGAUAAUCGCGAAGUCAUCCUGCAUGGUAUCAAUGCAGCAGCAGAUGCCAAACUACCCUCGAAACCCGACCUCCCGUCGCAUGUGCCUGACGACUUCUUCGACGGCGACAAUGUCUCCUUCAUCGACCGACCUUUCACGGUUGACUCGGCCAAUGUCCACUUUGCGCGAUUGAAAAGGUGGGGAUAUAACACGAUACGAUACAUCUUUACCUGGGAGGCUAUAGAGGCGGCAGGCCCGGGUCGAUAUGACGAAGAGUGGAUCCAGCACACAAUUGCAGUGCUUCGCGUUGCAAAACGCUAUGGAUUCUUUGUCUUCAUGGAUCCUCAUCAGGAUGUUUGGUCGAGAUUUUCAGGUGGAUCAGGAGCGCCCAUGUGGACGUUGUAUGCGUGUGGGCUGGAUCCGCGCGCGUUCGAUGUCACUGAGGCUGCUCUGGUCCACAAUACCUAUCCUAAACCAGCCGAGUAUCCCAAGAUGAUCUGGGCAACCAACUACACUCGGCUUGCUUGCCAGGUCAUGUUCACACUGUUCUUCGGGGGGCGAGACUUUGCGCCAAAAGCAAUCAUCGACGGGAAAAACAUCCAGGACUACCUGACGGAUCACUACAUCGCGGCAUGCAAGCACCUUGCAACACGAAUCCACGAGGCUGGUGACCUAGAAUACGACCCCAUUGUCGGCUGGGAGAGUCUCAACGAGCCCAACAGAGGAUUGAUAAGCUAUCAGGAUGUGACUGUCAUUCCAACCGAGCAGAAGCUGCAAAAAGGCACAUCGCCAACGGCUUGGCAGGCAAUUCUGACCGGAUCGGGUAGAGCUUGCGAGAUAAACACAUGGGACUUUGGCGGCAUGGGGCCUUACAAGUCUGGUUCCCUUUUAAUCGACCCCAAAGGACGUUCAGCGUGGCUUCCCGCAGACUACGAUGACUCUCGCUAUGGCUGGAAACGUGACCCGGGAUGGAAGCUUGGAGAGUGUAUAUGGGCUCAGCAUGGUGUCUGGGACCCAGCGACGGAUACAAUCCUAAGGAAGAAUUAUUUUGGCAACAACCCACAAAAUGGCGACAAGAUCGACUACGAGUACUUCACAAAUCAUUACUACAUGCAACACUACCGGAAAUAUAGCACGAUGGUCAAGUCUGUGUUCCCUGACUCUCUCAUGUUCUUCCAGCCGCCCGUUCUAGAGAUACCACCGUCUAUAAAGGGGACGGAAGAUGACGAUCCAAACAUGAUAUUUUCACCACAUUAUUACGACGGCAUCACGCUAUUAACAAAGAAAUGGAAUCGUGUCUGGAACGUUGAUGUGUUUGGUGUACUGAGGGGUAAAUAUCUGACCCCGGCUUUUGCUAUCAAAUUUGGGGAGACGGCGAUCCGGAACUGCCUUGCGCACCAGCUUGCCGCGAUUCGCGAAGAAGGUACCGAGUACAUGGGAAUCCAUCCAUGUGUCUUCACCGAGAUCGGCAUCCCCUACGAUAUGGAUGACAAGUACGCGUACAAAACGGGCGACUACAGUAGCCAGAUUGCAGCUAUGGAUGCUAACCACUUCGCCCUCGAAGAGAGCAGAGCUAAUGGAUUCGCACUCUGGACAUACGUAGCUACGAACAGCCACGAAUGGGGAGAUCUAUGGAAUGGCGAAGACCUUUCGAUUUUCUCCACUAACGACCGCAUACUACCUCCUAUACAAAAGCCUUCAAGCGACUCCCGCGCGUCGUUCGACACCACGUCCCCCGCAUACUCGCAAGCACAGUCCUCCGAGACCCUGACCGUAUCCCCGGCAAACCUCAAGCAAACCCUCUCGGCGGAAGACAUGACCUUGCAAGGCGCUCGGCAGCAAUCCAGUGACGCUGAUUCGCAGAGCUUCCGCGCCGCAGAGGCAUAUGUGAGACCCACUCCGGUUACGGCGCACGGGGAUAUCUCGCAAUAUGGCUUCGAUCUCCGAAACCGCACGUUCUCCAUGUCUCUCUUCGCACCGAGCUCGACCAGGGAAGAGGCGCCGACGGUGGUCUUCCUCCCCGACUUCCACUUCCCGCCCAACGACACGAGCGUGGAGGUUAGCGGGGGGAAAUGGACGAUUAGCACCGAGGACGAGAAUGGGGCGCUGCAUCAAAUACUGCGGUGGUGGCAUGCUGAGGGCGAUCAGACGAUAAAAAUCAAGGGCUCGCGGCAGCAAGGCACCGCAGCAGGCGCAGAGGAGGGAUACUACUUGAAUACCUUAAAGGGAUGUAGUGUGAUGUGA